GAGAAAAGAUCACAUGGUUUUCUCUGCCCUGUGACGUCACCAGCAGAUGGCAUGGGUACCAGCUCUGGCAGUUGGCAUCAAUGUCACUUUUUAGAGAUCAAUGAGAUAGUGCAGAUACACACAGAUCUAGACUCCAGCAGACGAUGCGACAUUCAGAUUGAAAAGAUCUGGAAGGCAAAAAAUGAAAAUUGAUUAUUGAAUGAGAUUUUUUUUAAAGGCCAAGGUAACAUAAGAUUAACGCCAUGUUAACACUACCAUUUGAUGAGUCUGUUGUAAUGUCAGAGUCCCAGAUGUGCCGAAAGUUUUCCAGAGAAAGUGAGGAUCCAAAGCAAAUCAAGAAACCAGAAAGUUUUGGGAAGCAGAUUACACACCAAGGAAAAAGCAUUAAAAGACUGACAGUGGAAGAUACAGAAAAAGAGGAGGUGGAAGAUGACCGAGAGGAAGAGGAUGAAAAUGGUCUACCCAGGAGGAGGGGCCUCCGUAAAAAAAAGACAACCAAGAUGAGAAUGGAUAGAGUCAAAUUCAGGCGACAGGAAGCCAAUGCAAGAGAACGGAGCAGAAUGCAUGGUCUCAAUGAUGCGCUGGACAAUUUAAGGAAAGUGGUUCCUUGUUAUUCCAAAACACAAAAACUGUCUAAAAUAGAAACUCUGAGACUUGCCAAAAAUUAUAUAUGGGCUCUUUCAGAGAUCUUACGAAUUGGCAAGAGGCCUGAUCUGCUGACAUUUGUUCAAAACUUGUGCAAAGGUCUCUCCCAACCAACGACAAACUUGGUGGCGGGAUGCCUACAGCUGAACGCCCGAAGUUUCUUGAUGGGUCAGGCAGGGGAAACUGCCCAUCAUGCCAGAUCUCCUUACACCACCUUCUACCCACCCUAUCACAGUCCAGAGCUGAGCACUCCUGCGGGCCAUGGAACACUUGACAAUUCCAAGUCCAUGAAACCCUAUAAUUACUGCAGCGCUUACGAGUCCUUCUACGAAAGCACUUCUCCUGAGUGUGCCAGCCCUCAGUUUGAAGGUCCCUUAAGUCCUCCCCCAAUUAACUAUAAUGGGAUAUUUUCCCUCAAGCAAGAAGAAGCUUUGGACUAUGGUAAAAACUACAAUUAUGGCAUGCAUUAUUGUGCAGUGCCACCCAGGGGUCCCCUUGGGCAGAGUUCCGUAUUCAGGUUGCCUACUGAGAGCCACUUCCCUUACGACCUACAUCUGCGCAGCCAGUCGCUCACCAUGCAAGAUGAAUUAAAUGCAGUUUUUCAUAAUUAAUGAGGAAAGUGAAAAUAAACAGUGGUCAUUCACCUCUCCCUCUAAUUAAGAUAAAGCAGAUGCCUGUGCCCCGUCUAAUCGGAGCAACUCUAUUUAAAGAAAAAUACAAAUGUGUUUGCUAGUUUCUAAAGUGUGUCAGCUAUUGUGGGGCAUUUUAUUUUCUAUGUAAUAACAAUAAAAAUAAAUAAUUUUACUUAUUACUAUUUAAUUCCAACUGGAUUUUGGUAAGCACUGUGAGGUUUUGUUUUAACUGGAUUUUUUAAAGAGUAUUUCCUCCCCUCCCCCUUCCUCCCCUAUUGGUUCAGUUUUGUUGAGCAGUGUGUCUAAAUAAAAAUUGUUGAGUUGAGAAAAUGCACACUGUAUGAAGUCUGCAACUGUAUUUUGAUUGUACAGCAACUAUACCAAUGCAUGCUAUUCAAAUCGGAUGAGUAAAAUGAUGUAUUUAUAAUAAUUAGAAACAAUAUGUAAUGGGGAAGAAGUGAAUUUAUAAAAAUUCUUCAGAUGUU